CGACAGGCUCUCGGGGAUCGGACGCAGGUCUGAAAUGGCAGAACAGUUGUUCAGGGGAAUCUCAACAUGUCAGUUUUGCUCUCUCUGACUGGAUAUAUAAGGAGUCACCAAAUACUUGCUUUGCAAGACGAACACAUCUGUUGUCGAUCCUUGGAAAUCAAGAAGUAUCUCAUCAAGAAGUGAAGUUUUCUUUUCUAACUCAGUGUUACCUGCUGGAACCAGAGUGCUGAGAAAGCACCAGCAUUUGUUCACUGAAGAUCAAUUCUUCAAUUGCAGUGAGAUAUCAUUGUCCUUCUCUCAGUGAGGGAAGGGAUUCACUCACACCCUACCCGCAGACACACCAGUGAGUUCACCGUGGGGAGAGGCCGUUCACCUGCUCUGUGUGAGGGAGGGGAACGACUCAGUCAUCCAGCCUGAAAAUACAUCAGCAAUUUCACACCACAGUGAGAUGCUCCACUUGUUCUGACUGUGAGAAGCAAUUCAUUCUGUCGUUGAUUCUAAAGAUAUAUCUGAAAGUUCAUCAGUGAGAGGACGGUAUCUGGCUUAGCUGGUGAGAAGGCAUUCGCACACUCAACCACAUUGACACCAGUGAGUUCACACUAGGGAGAAGCCAUUCACCUGCUGUGUGUGAAAGGAUUCACUCAAUCUUCUCAACUGAACGAACACCAGUGAAUUCACACUGAGAAGAUGCCGUUCACCUGCUCAGACUGUGGGAAGCAAUUCACUCGCUCAUCAACACUACAGAGACACCAGCGAGUCCACACUGAGGAGAAGCCAUUCACUUGCUCUGAAUGUGGGAAAGGAUUCACUCAGUCGUCUCAACUGGAGGUGCAUCGGCGAAUUCACACUGGGGAGUGGCCAUUCGUGUGCUCUGCAUGUGGGAAGAGAUUCACUUGGUCAUCCAACCUUGUGAGGCACUACCGAGUUCACACUGGGGAGAAGCCGUUCACUUGCUCAGAAUGUGGGAAGGGAUUUGCUCGGUCAUAUCAAAUGAUUGAACAUCAGCGAAUUCACACUGGGGAGAAACCAUUCAGCUGCUCUGAAUGUGGGAGGAGAUUCAAAGAGUCAGACGCACUUGUGAAACACUACCGAAUUCACACUGGGGAGAAGCCAUUCACGUGCUCUGAGUGUGGGAAGGGAUUCACUCACUCAUCAGAUGUUAAAAUACAUCAACGAAUUCACACUGGGGAGAAACCAUUCAUCUGCUCUGAAUGUGGGAAGGGAUUCACUCACUCAUCCAGUCUUGUAAAGCACUGCCGAAUUCACACCGGGGAGAAACCGUUCAUCUGCUCAGAUUGUGGGAAGGGAUUCACUGACUCAUCCAAACUUGUGAGGCACUGCCCAAUUCACACUGGGGAGAAGCCAUUCAGAUGUUCUGAAUGUGGGAAGGGAUUCACUCGGUCAACCAGCCUUGUGAGGCACAGCCAAAUUCACACUGGGGAGAAACUGUUCACCUCCUCAGAUUGCGGGAAGGAAUUCACUCGGUCAUCAGACUUUAAAGUACAUCAACAAAUUCACACUGGCCACUCGCCUGUUCUGAAUGUGGGAAUGGAUUCGCACAUACAUCUCAAUUGAAUGAACAUCAGCGAGUUCACACAAGGGAGAAACUUCAACUGCUCAGACUGUGGGAAGGAGUUCACUCAGACAUCUCACCUACCGACACACCAGACUGUUUUCAGCAGAGAAAGGACGUCGACCUGCUCAGACUGUCGGAAGGCAUUCACACACUGAUCCACACUGCAGAGACAGUGACGGGUUCACACUGUGGGGAGGGUGGUCACCUGCUCAGACUGUCGGAAGGCAUUCACACACUGAUCCACACUGCAGAGACAGUGACGGGUUCACACUGUGGGGAGGGUGGUCACCUGCUCAGACUGUCGGAAGGCAUUCACACACUGAUCCACACUGCAGAGACAGUGGUGGGUUCACACUGUGGGGAGGGUGGUCACCUGCUCAGACUGUCGGAAGGCAUUCACACACUGAUCCACACUGC